AUGAUGGCGACGGCAAGGGCCAACAAAGGCAAAAAAGUUGUAAAUCAAGAUGAGUUGCGUCGAUUAAUGAGACAGCAACAAAGACAAUCUACAGAAAGACAGAAGCGCGUCGAAUCGCCGUUCGCAAAGUACAACAGCCUUGGCCAUCUCAGCUGCGUACUUUGCAACGUGCAAGUGAAAUCGGAAAUAUUGUGGCAAGCCCACGUCCUCGGAAAACAGCAUAAGGAUAAAGUUGCUGAACUUAAAGCCAAACAGAGCGGUGUCAAAGUCUAUCAGACACCCCAGUCUGCGACCCUGAAAAGAAAAACUUCAGAUUCUGAACCAUCGGACCUGAAAAAAGCAAAGGCCGAGACAGAAGUAAGCGGUGCUUCAUCUGGGCUACCUGCAGAUUUCUUCGAGGGGAAAAGCAACGCUUCGACGGCUGGUUCCACUCACUCUGCUGGACUUGGACUCCUCGCUGGAGUAUACAACGACGACGACGAUGAUAAUGAUGACGACGAAGUAAAGACAGAGACUAAUGGUAAAACGGGGAGUGAGGGAAAGAGUGACGAUCGGCAGAAGGGUACACCUACUCCUGGACUGCCGGCAGAUUUUUUUGACAGUUCAAUCCCAACGUUUCCCAGUGUCACGCAUUCGGGGUCCAUCUCAAAAGCUGACGAAGACGAAAAGAUUUCGGAAAAGAAGGAAAACACAGCUGAAGCGUUACCGGAGGGUUUUUUCGAUGACCCAGUGAAAGAUGCCAGGGUGCGAAAUGUCGACACGCCGAAGGACCAAAUGGACAAGGAGUGGGAAGAGUUUCAGAAAGAGAUGCGUCAGGUGAACAGCGCUUCAGACGCGAUCGUAGCUGAGGAUGAUGAAGAGGGUCGACUCGAACGUCAGAUCGACGAAAUUGAUGAACAGAUUGAGUGCUACCGUCGAGUUGAGCUCUUACGAGAAAAACAGGAUGUCGUUAAGCGGAAAGCGCCUACUGGGAAAAUGGAGACAAAUGGUGAGCCGUCAGACAGCGACGAGGAAGACGAGGAGGAAUUGCUUAACGUGCUAUCCAGAGACUGGCGAGCCAAAGGGGCCCUUGCUUAACAUCCUUGCUUUUCUACCGUUAUCUCUGACCUGAGCGUAGGGACGACAAAGGGUGACUGUUGGUUUGACAUCCUAAAAUGUUGUAACAAUCCGAGUUUAUUGCUGUUUCCUUUACUGUGUGAAGUGUUUUGCUCGGGAUCUACGA